AUGUCUGAAAAUACAUCCACCGCACAAGAUGCGACCAAACCAUGGGCCUCAAUGCCCCAUCGCAAACCAGUCCCACCUGCCGCCCCCGAUAACGAGGCGGCGACAUCUGAUUCCCAAGUCCCUGAAACAAAGAAUGUUGUUAGCGAGCAAAAACAAAAAUGGCCCCUUGUCGCACCGAUAGUCAUAUGGUGGACAUCUCAAAAACGAUCACGAAAAUUCCUGUUCAUUGGCAGUAUCAUCGCGAUCCUUCUAAUCGCCUUAAUAAUUGGCCUUGCCGUCGGAUUAACAGUCGGAAAGAAUAAAAAAUCUGAUCUUGCCUUACCGACUUCCAACGGUGGCCCCUACUCGGGAGACCUGACAUACUACGAUCCAGGACUUGGGGCAUGUGGCGAUACCAGUACAUCCUCUGAGCUUAUCUGCGCGGUAUCUCACAUCUUGUUUGAUGCAGCUUCGACAAGCUCGAAUCCCAAUGAUAAUCCUUUGUGUGGAUUGAAGAUUCGGAUUCGUCGUGAUGGGAAGAGUGUAGAUGUUAAAGUUGUGGAUCGAUGUGUGGGGUGUGCGGAGACGGAUCUUGAUGUCACUGAGACCGCGUUUGAGAAAUUAGCUAAUAUUCCCCAGGGAAGAGUUACGAUGGAAUGGGCUUGGUUAGAGAAGUCUCCUGUUGAUGCAUAA